CAUGUCUAACCCUCUCCAGUCAUUCUGUGGGUCUCCAUGCAGGAAUCGCCUGCCAAACAUAAAAUGGCGACGCCCACUUAAUACUGACCUUACCCGUUGUUACACACAGGGGCAAAGUGAUAUCUCAUGGCUGCUGUACUCAGAGGACUCCUGAGGAGAGACCUCCGGCAGGUGGCUCUUGGACUACGGAACAUGGCAUCUGAGGGUGGAUUGGCGUCCUAUAACUAUGAGACGCUGAAAGUAACAUCACCGGCCGACCACGUCUUCCAUGUGGAGCUACACCGUCCAGACAAGAGAAAUGCAAUGAACAGAGAUUUCUGGAGGGAGAUGGUCCUGUGCUUCCGAGCUCUCACAGAUGAUCAGAAUUGCAGAGCUGUUGUUUUUUCUGGAGCUGGGAAAAUGUUCACGUCAGGAAUCGAUCUAAUGGACCUGGCCAGUGACUUUGUACAGCCAGAGACAGAAGAUGCUGCGAGAAACGCUUGGGGCAUACGCAAGAAGAUCGUUGCAUAUCAGGAGACCUUUUCUGUCAUAGAGAAGUGCACAAAGCCGGUGAUUGCUGCGGUUCACAAUGGCUGCAUCGGAGGAGGUGUGGAUCUCGUCUGCGCCUGUGACAUCCGUUACUGCACCCAGGAUUCCUAUUUUCAAAUUAAGGAGGUGGACGUGGGUCUUGCGGCCGAUGUAGGAACCUUGCAGCGCCUGCCCCACAUAAUUGGGAGCAGGAGCCUGGCGAACGAGCUGGCGUUUACUGCUAGGAAGAUGUUGUCCGACGAAGCUUUGAGUAGCGGUUUUGUCAGCCGGAUUUUCCCUGACAAACCGUCCCUCCUCGUUGCUGCUAUUGACCUGGCCUCUGAGAUCGCUACCAAGAGCCCUAUUGCAGUACAAGGGACCAAAGUGAAUUUACUGUAUUCUCGGGACCACUCGGUGCAGGAAAGUUUGGACUACAUGGCAUCCUGGAACAUGAGUAUGCUUCAGACACAGGAUAUCAUAAAGUCUGCACAGGCCGUAAUGCAGAAGAAGUCAUUAAAAGACGUCGCAUUUUCUAAAUUAUAACCGUAGCCCAGUAGUGCUUUACCAGUCUGCUAGGACAUAACAUAACACAACUGGAAUAGAAGCAUCCGACUCUGAAACACACAAAGGUCUGCAACUGGGAUUAAGGGCUCCUCUUCCAAAUUAAUAAAUUAAUCUGAUCAGAUUGACUGUAUUUACCCUGCCAAGAUCAAAGGACUGGAGUUCUAUGUGUCAAAUACUGGAUACUGGACUGAGGAGCUAGCACCUCCAGGGUUAAAGUUGGCUUCCACUUCCCCCUUCUCUAGGGUUACUAACAACAUGUAGGUACAAAUAAUACAUUGAACUCCAGCAGCCAAUCAGAAAUUGCCUGGUGCAAAUUAGACUGUGUAAGCAAGCGUCUCAUUGGCUGCUAUAGUUUAGUGCAGAUUUUGCACCUGAGUUAGUAAACCAUCCCUUCUGUCUUAUCAGGAAUCGCCCACAGCCAGCAAAAACAUACUGUCCUUAAAAGCUCACACAAUCUAAAAGUCAAAGCUGAGGGAAACCUAAAUGUAUUAUAGGCCUUAUUCAGGCUUUUUGUGUGUGCAGAUCAUCAGACAUUAUAGCAUGGAUUGGCCCGCCGAUCCCCAGUAUUUCUGAGCGACAUGCGGUAUUGUAAGGCAAACACAGAUGUCGCUGAAUAAGGUCUAUAGCAAAUACGUGAUGCAAUUUACAGCGAUCGCUAUCUCCCAGCUGGGAUUUAUGGUAUAUUCUACCAAGGACAGGAUAUGGCUGACGUACAAGGCGUGGCUUUGGUGAGGUACAAACCACAUCUGACUUAUUAGCCUGAAGACACAUCAACUUUUUCAUUCAAGGAUAUCUGAAUCCUUUCCCAUCUUUAUCUUUCAUUUGAUUGAAGUUUUAGAAUUGUUUCGCUAACCGAGUGUUUGAUGCGCAGUUUGUUUAAUCCAAAGUCAUUAAAGUUUAAAUUGAAUGAUC